UUUACCUCUCUUUCAUGUGAAACACACUGAAUACGACACAUUUCGUUCUGUUGACAGCGAUUUCAAUCGUUUUCAGUUUUGAGCUUGUUGUUUUCUGAUUGUUCCCGACAAACAUUGGUAUCAAUUUAUUUUUAGUAAAAACAAACACAAGUAAAUAUGCCAACUUGGAAUCAAAUUCAAUCCCAAUUGAGGCAUCCAAACAAUCCGGUGGUGUUCUUUGAUGUUUCGGUCGGAACUACAGAAAUUGGUCGAAUGAUCUUGGAAUUGUUUGCAGACGUUGUACCAAAAACGAGUGAAAAUUUCCGACAGUUCUGCACCGGAGAGUAUCGCAAAGAUGGCAUACCGCUCGGCUAUAAAGGCGCCAAUUUCCAUCGUGUUAUUAAGGAUUUCAUGAUUCAAGGUGGUGAUUUUGUGAAUGGUGACGGAACUGGUGUGAUAAGCAUAUACGGUGGCACAUUCCCUGACGAGAAUUUCUCACUGAAGCACGAUUCGCCGGGUUUAUUGUCGAUGGCAAACAGUGGCAAAGAUACAAAUGGCUGCCAAUUCUUCAUAACGUGUGCCAAAUGUAAUUUCCUUGACAAUAAGCACGUUGUAUUCGGUCGCGUCCUGGACGGUUUGUUGAUUAUGCGAAAAAUCGAAAACGUUCCCACCGGACCAAAUAACAAGCCAAAAUUACCCAUUGUCAUUUCACAAUCGGGAGAACUAUAAAGGAACACACCGGACUGACUGUUCAAUGAAAUAUUUUUUUAAGCGCAUCAUCAGUAAUCACAAGCGAUGAUUUAAUUUUAACAUUUGAUUCCUUUGUCACUCAUUGCAUUUUUGAAAUUGUGAAAUGAAAACCCAAUUUUUAAGAGAUAAAAAUGAAAAUUUAAAAUGUGAGAAGAAGAGAGAAGAAAAAAACUCCAUUUAGAUGUGUUUGAUUUGUGUUUAAUUUAGUAUCGAUAAAAACAAAUACAAUUCGUUUUAUAAUAAAUAGGGCAACAUAAAAUUCCAAUGAUCACGUGGUAAACUUAAA